AUGUUUAGGCUGGAAGCUGAUAUAGAUGAGAGCUUCUCAUAUAAAAAAGAAAUUUGAAAAAUCGAAAAAGAAAAUUCACUGAUAAACUCAGUAUUUGAGCUUUAUCGGAGGCUUCAUUUUGAAAGAAACUUUGGAGAAAAAUCUAUUAGCAAGCAAAAAUUUGGUGCUAUAGUUGAGGCAACUGUUUGAUGUGUACAGAUUGUUAGCUUAUUAUGGACUCCUAAGAUGUCAAUUACAGGCUGAAGUGAUAAUAUAAUUGUUUGGGAAGUGAUAGGAUAUUUGAGGCUUGACCAUACUUGUUCAGCUUUAGGAAUUAUGAACGAAUGCCUUUAUUUUUCUAUUCUGAUGUCCUUUAUUAAUUUUUUAGGUAUUACUGCUUUAGUUUUUAUUAUAUAUAGGUCAUAUACCUUUCCAAAUAUACUCUUUAGUAUGUUUAAAAGAAUUUUGUAUAUAUGGACAACUUUAUUGAUGGUGCCUUCUAUGGCGCUAUUUUCCAUCUUUCUUAAAUAUAGUUUUUUGUCUGAAAAUAAAGUCUCAGAAUAUAAAACAAACAAUGACGCAAGCAAAUUUCAAGAAGCUAUUGUAGUCCAAAUAGGAAUUAUUAUUGGUCUAAUAGUUAGCUUCUUUUUACUUUUAUUUUACUCAGAGUUUUCUGGAGAAAUUCGACAUUUUGCCUCAAGCAAAAAUAUAAAAGCAAAAGCUCACUCAAAAAUAGUGACCCACUCCAAUAUUAUAACAUAUUCUUUACCAAUUAUUUACGCAGUACUCUCAGAAAACUAUAUUAUAUAUUUCCAGCUUUUGACAAUGAUUUUUUCGCUUCUUCUGAUGGCAGAAACUAUGGUAUUUAUCCCAUACUUUUCACCUUUUUGCAACACCAUAGCAAUUAUCAAAUUUUUUGAUGUGGCGCUGAUAUCUUUUAUCUUUCUCUUCGGAUAUAUAAUUGAUAAAGGAUUGUCUAUAACUUUGCUUGCAAUAGCUUUAGUGCCAUUAUCAGCUGUAUUUAUUAUUCAAUUUUCCUCAAAACUCCAAAGAAAAAUCCCAUCGGGAAUCCCAACCAGUACAAUCCAUAUAAAUAAUGAAUACAAUUUAGAAAUUUUGUUAAGAAAAGCCUUAUACUAUAAUGAUGAAGAAAAUAAAGACCAAAUUAUCGGGAUUUUUGAAACAUUUUUCAUUGAGAAAAGCUCGCAGGGCAGCAAAUAUCAAGUGAUAUGGGCUACGAACUAUUGCAUAUUUGCUUUAAAAGAUGAAUCUCUAGCCAAAGUAAAGCUAAGUAAAAUAAAAUUAAUUUGCGAUUGAGGACUCGAAGCCAAUUAUCAAGUUUAUUUAUGCAAAAAAAAUAUUCAAAAAUCAUCAUCCAGCGAAAGCUCACAAUUUUUAAAUAAUUUUCAGCAAUUAAAUAAAAUCAAAAGAGUAGACAGACAGCUGUGCAUGAAUUUAUUGGAUUUUUGGAAAGAGAUCACAGCUAGCAGACCUUCUCUAAAAUCACUUAUCAAAUUUUUAGAUCAAGUGGACGAUGGUAUUACUGUGCUUAAUCAAGAAUACAGCCAACUCACCACAAAAUAUUUUAACUCAAGAGAAUCAUUAUCUCUUUAUGCGUCUUUUGCAAGAAAUAUCCUUUAUGAUAGCGAAAAAUCAAUAUUGCUUGAAAAUAAAUUGAGGUACUUUGACAGAAUUUUACAAAAUUCUUCGAAUGGGUCUAAGAAUUUUAGCUUUUUCAACGACAGUAAUGGAGUUAUGAUCAUUUCUAAUGAAGAAGAAAAUUUUGGAGAAAUUCUUUUUGCGAACUCUAAAGUUUCUGAAGUUUUAAAAUGCCCUUCACAUUUUAUUGUAGGCAAUUCUUUAACAUAUUUUAUUCCUAAUCAUUAUAAAGAUAUACUUAUCGAAGAAAUGAGGCGAAUUAUUCGGUUCGAUUCUGCUUCAGAAAUCGAUCUACUUGAAGGAUUGUUUUGGAAUCUCCCCACAAAUUUUUUGGUAGAAUGCACAGGCAAGGCUUCACUAACUUCAUUUAACAAUUUUCGAGUCACUUUGUGGGUUUUCAAGCCAAAAAAAGCAAAACAUCAAGCUGCUUUAAUUUCAGAAUCUGGCGAAAUCUUACGUCACACUAUAAAUUUUUCGAAAAUCGCCAAGCAAGUUAACGGAAAUCUGAUAGGUUAUAAUCUAGAAAAUUUAUUUCCCAGCUUCAAAAUGUAUGAUUUGCAGUCAUGCACCCCUUAUCAGUUGCUAUAUUUUGAAAAUGAGACCAUUUUAGUGAAACAAUAUAUGGAAUUCAGGAAAAUAAAAAUUCCUUAUAUACUACAAGAAAUAAAAUGGUGACGUUGACGGAAAUAGGACACCUAGGCGCACCCCUAUGGAGCAGGUAAGACCCAUCCUGAUGAAGCUGAAAGCAAGGGCCUCUGUCCCUCUUAUAGCAGGCCUUCAGCCUUACCGAAGAGGAAGCUUUGUUUCUCUCCGAAGGAAAUCCUGUAGGCUAGACAGGUUUUGCCUACCACAUGAUCUUUCCUCGGCGCGAUAGGUGGUGAAAGAUGCUAGUGAGCGAAGCAGAUCAUCUCAAUGGGAAAGCUGCCAUAAGAGGGUUUUUUUCCCCUGAUAGUUUCCUAUCCUGCUAGAUUAACUAAACAGGUUUCCUACUGCAUGGUCUCUACUUAUCGGAAUCAUCGGUGCACCUUCUCGUUAGUUGAUCUGCUCUAAGGAGUUAAUCCCUUGGACAGGUAGUUCAGGUCGGAAUCCAGAAGGGCAGUCUCCCAUUUUCUCAUUUGCACUCCAAGGUAUAUGGAGACUUGCUUUUUGCAGCUGAGAAAAGGAAAAGACGAGUGGCUUUAUCCGCUUAUGGCUACAUAAUUUUAACUUUAUAUAAUACUAAUAAACGAGCCUCAAGAAAUUUUGAAGUGAAAAGCAGACACUUGUAGGAUUCCAAGAGCUGACGAAAUGGAAAUCCAAAUAGCCCAUCAAAUUUCUCUAAAUAUGCUAAGGUCACUGAGCUCUGAUGGGAAUAAGCCACUCUUAUAUAAAGAUUCUCAAGAUUAUGCUGACUCAAAAGCUAACUUAAACCAGACUGGCCUAGAAGAUACUUUAGAAGUGACUGAAAGCAUUCAUUAUUCAGAAAAGGCAGAAGAAGAAGAAAAAUCCCAAGUAUCUCAGCCUUCCUCACAAAAAAAUUUCCUAAAAAUGAUGGCAACCUCUUCACAGUCAAUCAACAUUUUGCACUGUGUUUUCAUUAUAUCAGUAUUUUUUAUACAGAUUCUUACUCCUACUCCAUAAGCGAAUAAAACCAUUGGAAAAAUCCCUAUAUUUUGCCCUCAAUGAGCAAACAAAAAACUGCCAAUUUUGAACAACUUGCAUUUUUAAAACAUAAAUUUUAUUUAAAAUAAAUAUUUGCUUUCCAUUUUUGCGGAAAUGGAUUUUUUUAAAAAAACAAUUAACUCCCUUCAUGAGCGAACAGAAAUUUUUGUUCACUCACGGAGGGGAGGAGUUAUAGUUCUCGCCACAAAUGUCGCAGUGCUGUUUUAUGCUUAUGCCAAUGUUGAUGUAGCAAGUAACGUUGAUCUUCCUUUAGCGGUCGGGACUGUUGGGAAAGACUUACAAAUUUGUGCAUUUUUUGCUAGAGCCUUGCUCGCUCUUUCUUAUUCUACAAGCUCCGGGGCUUCAGAUUUUAUUAUUGCAACUUAUGAGACAUUUAAUCGCACUGUUAAUGAAUUAGAGACUAUUUAUGGCAAUAUUAUGUCAAACUUGAAAGAUUGGGAUUCUUGUUCUGGAAAAAGCAUUUUUACUGAUGAAAAUACGCAUAUAUGAGGCGUUGAUAAUGGGUUUUAUAAGAAAAAUACCAAUUUACUGAAUAUGGUUUCACAAUUUAUACAAAAUGUAAGAGAUAUGUAGUCUAAUGAACUAUUAACUCCCCCCCCCCUCCGUGAGCGAACAAAACCAUUAGAAAAAUCCCUAUUUUUUGGUCAAAAACCCACCCUCCGUGAGCGAACAAAAAAUUUUUUUACAUAUAAUUUUAUAUUUAGUUUAUUAUAUCUAUAUUUAAUACAAAUAAAGAGGAUAAUAUUGAAAAAUAAUUAUUAAGUUUGUUUGAUAUAUUAUUCAAAGGGUUAAAAAAAAGAAUACCAUAAGUGAAAAGGUUGAAUUUAACAAUUUUAAAUUUAAGACAAAAAAAUGAAUAGAAGAAAUCGAUUAGAUAAUUAACUUCUUCAUAUUAACUUGAUGGCUGAAAAUCUUUGGAUGAUUAACGCCAUAAGAACCCGUCAACUCAAAUGAUUUUCUGACAAGUUGAGGGCUUACAGCAGCAUCUCACGCCUUUGAAGCAAUGUUUAUCAGUUGCUGGCGAUCAAGAGCUUUGAGGUUUCCAGUUCUUUUCGAUCUUCUUUCAAUCUGCUCUGUUUGGAAUUUGAUUCUGAAAUCUGUUGUUUUUGAUUUGAAAUUUGCAAUUACCAGUGCGUCAAGUGGUUGCAAAUACUUUGUGCACCCUCCAGGGAUCACAAUUUUUGGUUGCAUCUAAAUCUGAAAUUGCAUUAGAAAUCAUGAUAGUUUUAUGACUUCCAGCCUGAUCAUAAUCAGCAGUUGGUUUUCUCGUCUCAAUAUUGUUCUGAGGUAGUCAUUAAGAAUCUGGUCAGAAAUGUAGCCAGAUUUAUUUGAUUUUAUGAUGACAUUUUCUGGAAUAUUCAGUCUUUCUCUUACAAGGUUCGGGAUCUGGCCAUUUUUCUCUUUGAAAAAUGAGCAAAGCAGGCAUUUUUUCUCCAUCAGCUCUAAUCAUAAGCAUAACAGUGAUAAAAUGGUUCAUUUUAGCUGAUUGAACGCCUAGAAUUCGUUGAGUUCCUUGAAAUCAUAAGUGAACUUGCUUUUUACAUCUCAAUCAAAUCUCGUUUCAUCGAAAUUGUAAAUGUUAGAUGGAACGAAUUGAGGAAGCAAUGACGCUAAAUCAUCUAGGUAUUGCCUGACAAGUUCUGCCUCUUUUUUCGAUUGGCUUAAUGCUUGAGGCAUUGAUUUUUCUGAAAGAUAAAUUUAUUUCUGGUCCUAAAUCCUUGCCACCAUUUAUCUCCACAGCCGAAUCGCGCCAAUCCCAUUUCUGCCGCCAAACUUUUUGCUUUCUCCUCAAUCGUUGAUCUGAGAACCUGAAUACCUUGCUCACGGAUUGCAGUAAACCAAUGAACUAGUUCUUUCUCUAGCUCUGGAAAUUGAGUGAAGCUUUCUAAUUUUAAUUUUUUUAUCAGAUUUUACUGAUUUCUUCAACUCAUCAAGCUUAUUCACCCAUUCGGAAAUCGAGCUAAAGGAGUUGACAUGAAACUUUGCAGCAACAUCUCUCAUGCUCAUCUCAUUUUGGUGUUGAAUGUAAAAAUUCAGCAAUUUCAACUUUCUGCCAAAUUUCAAUGUACUUUCUUUUCCCUUUGUACAUUUUUAUUAUGAUUUAUAGAGAAUUUGCUUAUUAUAUUAAAUAAGAAAAUAUAUAAAAUAUUUUAACUGAAUGCAUAUAUUUAUUACUAAUAGGUUUAUUGAUUAUUAAAUUAUUGAAAAAUUAAGCUGUGUUUUACCUUAAAUCAAAUGGUAUUCUUUUUUUUUUUGGGAAAUUCCCUUACUCUCCUCCCAUAAUAUUUUUAAAAUAAAUUUUCAACUUAUAAAAAAAUAUUAUUUUACAAUUAAAAAUUUAUAUAUAAUUUUUUUUUAAAAAAUAAAAAUUAACCCCCCUCCGUGAGCGAACAAAAAUUUUUUGUUCGCUCACGGAGGGGGGGGGGGAGUAAGAAAAUUUGCGGUAUCAGAAGACUAUUCUCAAGAAUUAUUAUUUUUGAUAAUGAAUGGGUAUGGAGAAUCGCUUCGGUACUGCAAUCAGUCGUUAAUUGAUGUAAUCGAUUGCCAAAGAUCAGGUGUCAGCGAUUUUAAAACCUUAAUGACUGGUCUUUUAGUGCUAGGGAUCUUUAUACUUAUAGCGUGCAUUGCUUUUAUGGCUCCUUUUUGCUAUUCUGUUAUAAAAGUUGAAAAUAAGCUUUGAAAUAAUAUAAGACAGCAUGCACAUGACCACUAUUUUGAGCUAAUUCAAGGCUGUUUCGAAAGGCUAACAAGAGUUCAUGCGCAGCCAGAAGUAAUGCUCACUGAAAAAACACUGUCUAAAAAGCAAUUUAAUUCGAAAAAUUAUUGGAAAUAUGGGUGAAGGAUUUGCGUGUACUUAUUGGCGGUAUCUGCUUUUUCACUAUUAAAUAUUACUUAUUUGUAUGAAACUUUAUGUAAUUAAAUGGAUAGGUUUGAAGCUAAUUAUUUUGAGAAAAAUUCUCCUCCGUGAUUUAUUAGGUCGGCUUGACUUGCGAAUCAUUAUCUGCAAUGACAAAGCAUAGCUUUUCUGAUAGCAGGACAGAUUGGCCCAAGAGAGAAUGGAGUUUUACUGCUUGUGCACCUAAGGAGGGUGGCACUUAGGCUGAGCACGUGCAAGACUAAUGCUAGGGUGACCUGUAAGAUUUUCUGAUUGUGGCACGUAGAAUUAUCGAAUUACCUUCCAUUUUGUGAUGUAGGAAAGAUGCGACAUCAUAAUUUAUGUUAAAAGGGUGGCUCAAACAUGGCUAAAUCGUCCUGCAGAAGAAAACGACUCCCAAAAAAAUAUAUUAAUUAAUGUUAAUAUGAAACUUGCACAGAUUAUUUGUCCUAUCGUCCUAAAGUAAUAAGUGAAUUAAUUCAAACCCAGAUUUUAGCAAUCAAUUUAGCGAUUUGGACAACUGAAGUGUUGGUUGAGGAUAGUAAUCAAUCUUUGAAAGCUUUAUUGGUGGAUGUAAUCCCUUUUUCUGACACAACUAAAAUGAUGAGAAAGGCUGUGCUUAGACUAGUGGAAUCAGAAAAUAUUCUAAGAGAGCGUCAUUAUUCCACGAUUUAUUCUGAAAAAUUCAUAGAAAUGCUUUAUGAAAAAAUUAGCGGCACUGAUGAUUUAGAAUUUGUAUAUGGGAUUCAUACAGCUACACAAAUCGCUAUUAUGGAUGCUAGCAAUGUUGCGACCUCGGUAAAUUCUAUGCAAGAGUGGGUAAUGUUAAUUUACGUCCUGAGCGAUUUAAACUACUACGGUGGUAAACUGAUUGAGGAAGUGGAUAGCUCCUCCACCAAAAUAAUUGAUGCUCAAAUGAGAAUAAUUGUGGCAGUUUUGGUUCUUUUUAUUGCAAUUUCUGUUUUUAUGUACUUUGUGUUUUACAUGACUUUUUUCAGAAAAGAAAAAAGAUAUCUCAAAAAAAUAAAUUCAAUAAUGAAGAUAAUGCCAUAA